AUGUAUCCCUAUUACAGGAAAUGGAUCAAAAGUCACCGAGAUCUUCCAUUGCGACUCAACCAGUGGAACUCUGUUGUGCGUUGGGAAACAAAACAAACGACACCCUUCCUGCGCACCCGCGAAUUUCUCUGGCAAGAAGGUCAUACCGCUCAUCUAACGGAAGAUCAAGCGGGAGUAGAGGUUCUCGAGAUCUUGGAACUGUACGCACAGCUCUACGAAGAUCUUCUGGCGGUACCCGUUGUGCGCGGUCGAAAGGCGGAAAAUGAACGAUUUGCUGGGGGGUACUAUACAUUGACCUUGGAAGGAUACAUCCCAUCCAACGGACGAGGUAUCCAGGGAGCUACCUCACACUGCCUGGGUCAAAACUUCAGCAAGAUAUUUGACAUCUCUGUCGAGGACCCAGCCGGCCCGGGACGCAUCCAUGCCUGGCAGAACUCGUGGGCCUUUUCUACUCGAGUCAUCGGCGUUAUGUUUAUGAUCCACGGCGACAACAAGGGCCUGGUUCUAUUGCCACGCGUCGCUCAGAUCCAAAUCGUGAUGGUUCCCGUCGGCAUCAACAGGAAUACUUCAGCAGAAGACAAGGACCGUCUGCUGGACGAGCUGUACGAGAUGCUCAAGACGUUGAAGAAGUCGGGGCUUCGAGUAGAGAUCGACACACGUGAGGGAUACACCCCAGCGUGGAAGUUCAAUGACUGGGAGAUGAAGGGCGUUCCCCUGAGAAUAGAUUAUGGACCAAAAGACGCAAAGACGUAUGUUGUCAGCUAUGCAUUCAGGCACAACAACGAAAAGGGGACGAUGCCUGUUGCCGAGAUUACGCCCCAGGCGUCCAGGCUACUCGAUCAGAUUCAGAAGGAUAUGUACGCCAAAGCGAAUUUGGCAUACAGCCAGCACCGCAAAGUCAUUGAGAAUUGGGACGAGGUCAGUCCUGCCUUGGACAUCAAGAAUGUGGUCCUGAUUCCAUUUUGUCUUGAUGGUAAAUGUGAAGACCGGAUCAAGCAGUUGACGACCAGGGAACUGCCUCAAUGGGAAUGA